AUGGUGAAGAUAUUGGAGUUAUCAAAGUUCAGUCUUAACCGAUUCAUUGUCAACAAUCCAUCGCUUCCGGCCGAUUACAUCAGAAACGCCUACUAUAAUGGCAUCGGAAGACACGUGUGUCAACUGCAGAGGAUUACCUUCAAGUUCUGCAAGACUAGUGCCGACAGUAAAGGCAUCCGACAGUUCAUUGAGACAGAUUUGGUGGACUGGAGUCGCGCCAACUCCGGUGUUGUGGUGUAUCUGAAGCCCCGCCGACACCGAAGUCCUGUGAUUGUCACCGAAUAUCUGAAUGGUUUGCGACACUGGAUGGGCGUCAGAAAGUUCACACCCGUUGAGCUCGAGUGGUGGCUCGACUUCUUGAGGGAUAGGUCUGGCUAUGAGUUGUCGCAACUGAUGAGUCCCGUGAAUGUGAUGUUGCCCUCAGUUCAGGGCCCGUGGCAUCCAUUCCUCAACCGCGACACUCGUCUUAAUGUCUACCAAUUCCCGGACGCCGAGAGCGGCGCCUAUUUGUACGACAAACCCACGGCCUCUCAACAACUCAUUCAAAUGUCUCAACAAUCAAAUACAUCUCAAUAA